AUGGAGUACAUAUUUCUUUAUCCUCUGAUUGCUGCGGCCUUGCUACUGUUUUUCGGCCUACGAAUCAUCUUUUACCGCUUGUACGCCCAUCCACUAUCAAGCUUCCCCGGGCCUAAGCUCGCAGCGGCAACUUUCUUGUACGAAUUCUACUACGAUGUGAUCCGAAACGGAAUGUACAUAUGGGAAAUAGAGCGGAUGCAUGAAAAAUAUGGACCCAUCGUUCGCAUAAAUCCCCGCGAGCUACACAUCAAAGAUCCAUACUAUUACGAGGAUAUCCAUGCCAGCGGCGCACGAAAACGCAACCGAGACCCGCAAUAUGCCGUUGCAUACGGGGCUCCAUACUCCCUUGUCGGCACAAUCCAACACGACCACCACCGACUUCGCCGUACUUUCAUCCAGAACUACUUCUCCAAGCGAUCUGUUUCAAAUCUCACUCCUUACAUCUGGGAGAAAGUUGAUCAGCUCAUCCAACGUUUCGAGCGUGCUUACAAAGAAUCUUCGGUUCUUCAUCUACAACUAGACUUUGGUGCUCUUACGGCGGAUGUCAUCACACAGUACUGCUAUGGCUGGAACUAUGGAUAUCUUAAUGACACGAAAAACGCAACUCGCGUUGAUCUCGUCGAUGCUGUUAGUGGUCUUAUGCUGAUGUUUCACAUUAACCGAUUUCUUCCAUUCCUUGUGACUAUUUUCCGUACUGCACCUCCUGGUGUUGUCCGGUUUUUACAACCACGGAUGGGUGAUCUCUUUGACGUGAAGGCUAGAUUGCGGGAGCAAUCUAUCGCUGCUCUUAAGGACAAGAAAUCAGAAGACAAGGAUGAAACUAAUAAAAAGGAUGAGAAAUCCGAAGAAUCUAACUCAAUUUUCGAUGCUUUGGUUGGGGAGAAUGUGCCUGCCGAAGAGAAGACGGUUGAUCGACUGGUCGAUGAGGCCGCUCUGCUCCUCGGUGCGGGUACUGAAACCACAGCCAGAUCUCUUGCUGUCUCGAUGUUCCAUGUUAUCAAUAACAAAGAGAUUGGACGUAAGCUCCGUGAGGAAUUGAAAACUGUUUUGGAAAAGCCGACCUCGAAGGCUUCUUGGACUGAUUUGGAACAGCUCUCUUACCUUACCGGUGUCGUUAACGAAGGUCUCCGCUUGAGCCAUGGUAUGACGGCACGCCUGUCGCGUAUCUCGCCAAUCGACCCUAUGCUAUACAAAGACUGGGUCAUUCCUGCAGGUACUCCAGUCAGUCAAUCAAACUACUUCGUCCACAUGGAUCCGACGCUCUUCCCCGAGCCUGAAAAAUUCGACCCAGACCGCUGGACACGCGCAGCAGACAAGGGCGAGCACCUGAGCCGCUUCAUUGUCUCUUUCACGAAGGGCAGUAAGCAAUGUCUAGGAAUGAACCUUGCAUAUGCCGAAAUCUACAUGACUCUGGCCCAUAUUGUGCGACGCUUCGAGUUCACACCACAUGAAACCACCCCUGAGGAUCUCGCUGUCCGUCGAAGCAUGGGUGUUGGUGUAUCAAUGGAUUGUAAAUUCGAUGUCAAAGCGAAAGUGGUCGGUAUUGUGGAGGAGUGA